AUGCCUUCCCCUUUUAUGGAGGCGAAUGUCGCUUCCAUUCCGUAUGUGGAUCAUUGGAUGCUCGAAGCGCUAAACGAGGCCCAGUUUGCCUUGGACGAGCAUGAGGUUCCCGUCGGGGCCGUCCUCGUCCCCCUCCCGGCCCACCAACUUCACGGGGAGGACGUUCGACGCGCGGAAAGUCAGGGGGAUGGCCCGGAUUCCCGCAGCCCCGCCGGGCCCGCGCUCGACACCCGGAUGUGGGUUUCCCGGGGCCGGAACGCCACGAACCGCCGCCACCACGCCCUGGCCCACGCCGAAUUUCUCUGCGUGGAAGGCCUGCUCCGCGGCUUGGGGGCCGCCGAGGGGGGGGGAGAAGGCGGGCCCGCGGAUCUCUCGAAUUACGUCCUGUACGUCACGGUGGAGCCGUGCGUUAUGUGCGCCGCUCUUCUCCGCGAUAACCGCAUCGCGGCGGUGUUCUUCGGCUGCCCCAACCUGCGGUUUGGCGGGAACGGGUCGGUGUUGGCCCUCCACAACCCCAACCCCGACCCGCCCAAGGGGGGGGAGGGGACGGCAGAGCCGAUCGGGGCUUCGCCGCCGCGGGGCUACCGAAGUGAGGGUGGCCACCGCGCUCAGGAGGCGAUCGGGCUUCUGCAAAAAUUCUACCUCAGGGAGAAUCCUAAUGCACCAGGUGUAAAGCGAAAGCGGAAGUUGUCAACACUUGCACGUUAG